GGAGUGCGGAGCAGUUGACCAGCCCGCCGCCGCCGGUGCAUGGGGCCUGGCUGAGGAUCCAGCAUGGGCAACUGCGUGGGGAGACAGCGCGGAGAGAGGCCGGCCGCCCCGGGACACCCCCGCAAGCGAGCAGGGGCCCUGGGCCAGAGGAAGUAUCCAAGGAGACUUCAGCCUGUGGACCCUGUCCUUCCUGAAUGCAGCCCACCACCCGGUGCUAGUUUGGGUAUGGAUGGAUGGAUCCCAUUUUUAGGCUGGAUCGGAGCCUUAGUUUUAGAGGACGCAAUGAACCCCUGAAGAAGGAGCGGCUGAAGUGGAAGAGCGACUACCCCAUGACAGACGGGCAGCUGCGGAGCAAGCGGGAUGAGUUCUGGGACACAGCACCUGCCUUCGAGGGCCGCAAGGAGAUCUGGGACGCCCUCAAGGCUGCCGCCUAUGCGGCUGAGGCCAACGACCAUGAGCUGGCUCAGGCCAUCCUGGAUGGAGCCAGCAUCACCCUGCCACAUGGCACUCUCUGUGAAUGCUACGAUGAGCUGGGCAAUCGCUACCAGCUGCCCAUCUACUGCCUGUCGCCACCCGUGAACCUGCUGCUGGAACACACUGAGGAGGAGAGUGUGGAGCCCCCAGAGCCCACACCCAGCGUCCGUCGUGAGUUCCCGCUGAAGGUGCGCCUCUCCACGGGCAAGGACGUGAGGCUCAGCGCCAGCCUGCCCGACACAGUGGGGCAGCUCAAGAGGCAGCUGCACGCCCAGGAGGGCAUCGAGCCGUCCUGGCAGCGAUGGUUCUUCUCUGGGAAGCUGCUCACAGACCGCACGCGGCUCCAGGAAACCAAGAUCCAGAAAGAUUUUGUCAUCCAGGUCAUCAUCAACCAGCCCCCACCACCCCAGGACUGAGGAGCCUACGGACCCCUGGGCAGAGAGGCCAGGGAGGGCCUCUGCGGGGCUGAGAGGCCCCCGGGCUGGAGCACCAGGCCCCUCCCUGCUGCUGCCUUCGAGUGCUGAUGUUUUCUUCAGGGGUGCCUCCCUGCUGUUUGGCUGCUGGGCGAGCCGUAAAGGGACCCUGCCUCCCAGGGCCACCGUGGGCCACCAGUGCCCAGCACCCAGGAAGCAGUGCUGCCACACAGGCCUUGCCAACCUUGUCAGAGAAAAGGAAAACUGGGGCCCCCCACCCUGCCUGUCUCCCACAGCAGGUUCGAGCCAUGAGGGCCAGCUGGAGGCCCCUGAAGCCCAGAUCUGUCAUCUGGUGCUUCCAGCUGUGCUCACUCGGUUUUCUGCUCAGGGUCUGAAGCAGCUGCUGUCUCCCUCCCCUCCCCCUACCCCCUGACUCUGCCCUGGGCACAGUGCCAGUGCCCUGGAGGGGAGGGGACUGCUCAUGAGCCCCAGGAGCUGGGAGCCUGAGGCCAACCUUUGCCUCUCCCUGCCCCCAGCACAAUUGGCAGAGAUGAGGCGGUUGGCCGGACAGCUGGGCUGCUGUGGCAGGGGUCUGCACAGGGCCAUCUCCUGGCUGUAACCCAAACAUGGGGUGCCUGCAGCCAGUCAUGGCCCCACAGCAGGUCCCUGUGUACAGACAUAUCUGCAUAUUUAUCAAUAAAGCCUUUUGCUCCUUC